UUUAGUGAUAAAAGUGUUCGAUUAAUAAUAUGAUAAUAAAUGAAAGUAAUUAGCAAGGAUACUGGUUGAAGAAUUAAGAUUUGGAAAUCUAAAAAUUAAUAAAGAUGAUUUCAAGAUUUUGCUCAGCAAGCAUCAUCUUUAUCAUUGGGUUAUUUCUGGUGUAUCGUACUACCUUAGCACAAGUAGAUGGAUAUACGCCUGGAGUAGACUACCCUAUUUACAACACUGUUCCAUUCGGUUUGAGUUUCACCUGUAGAAAUAAAAUACCAGGCUAUUAUGCCGAUCCUGAUACUAGAUGUCAAGUAUGGCAUUGGUGCGUGCCCGGUGGACAAAAAUUCAGUUUUCUUUGUCCCAAUGGUACGGUGUUCAGUCAAACAACUCGUGUCUGCGAUUGGUGGUUCAAGGUUGAUUGUCAAGAUUCUCCGCGUUUAUAUGGAAUAAAUGAGGAUUUGUACAAAGAUGCGAGGGGAAAUAGAAUUUAGUUGAUUUUUAAAAUAAUAUUUGUAACAAAAAAUAUAAAAUGUAUAAAUAUUUUUAUGAACUUCCCAAAGUGUCAAGUGAUGCGCCAAAAUAUGAAAACUCUGUCAUAUCCUUUUUAUGCAGAAAUGAAGAUAAGGCCCAUGAAUUUAUGUAUCACUGACAUCUGACGGAAUCGUUAAAAAGUAAUGAUACCAUCCUUACCAGCAUUACCUGCA